AAGAAGAAAGAUAGCACCUUUAUUCUUCCCUGAAUAAAGGCGAUGCUAGUUCUCUCUCUCCAUUUAGCUUCUUCAAUAAUGCACAUAGAUCAAGAACAAGAAGACGAGGUGGGAUCUGCGCUGCGUUAAUGGCGAAAGCUGCUAAACGCGGUUUGGAUGAGAGGCCGCAAGAUGAUGCUCAUCAUCCUUACGCCUUUCAUGUCUCUGGUCCUCGCAAUUUCUCUCUCUCUUGGAGGGACCUCCUCAAUUCUAGUUGGAAGGAUGAAAAUUAUAAGAGAAUUGUCAUUGCCUGUUUUAUACAGGCAGUUUACUUGCUCGAACUUGACAAACAAGAGAACCGAACAAAAGAAAAUGCUUUAGCUCCAAAUUGGUGGAUCCCCUUCAAGUACAAGCUCACUCAAACUUUGAUUGAUGAAAGAGAUGGAUCGAUCUUUGGUGCAAUAUUUGAAUGGGAUCAACGUGCAGCAAUGGCUGACUUGUUAUUAGCUAGACCUAGUGGUGCCCCUAGGGCAGUUUUAGCACUCAGAGGAACAUUACUCAAAACACCAACCAUUCGAAGAGAUAUUGAAGAUGACCUUCGUUUUCUUGCUUGGGAAAGCUUGAAGGGAUCUUCUAGGUUUAAAUUAGCUUUGGAGGUACUCAAGUCUGUUUCCAAGAAAUACGGAAGCAGCAAUGUCUGUAUUGCAGGGCAUUCUUUAGGGGCUGGGUUCGCACUUCAAGUAGGAAAGGCACUAGCAAAAGAAAGGAUAUAUGUGGAGACACAUUUAUUCAAUCCACCUUCUGUUUCACUGGCAAUGAGUUUGAGAUACAUGGGCAAAAAGGCAGAAUCGAUUUGGAAGAGACUGAAAUUAAUGCUUCCUUCAAGUAGCGUUGAAGGCAAAACUCUGAGUGAAGGACUAUCACAUCAAUCAACCAGCUUGAAUACUUCUGGCUCUGGGCUGGGAAAAUGGAUUCCAUAUCUGUAUGUGAAUGACAGUGACUAUAUCUGUUGUUAUUACACUAGUCCUGAUGAUGUCAAGGGCAGUAUGGGUAUUUCAAAUGGGCAAGUUUUAGCAAAGAUGUUUGUGGUUUCCAAGGAGAAACAGAAGUUCCUGGAGGCUCAUGGCUUGGCACAAUGGUGGUCAAGUGAUGCGGAGCUUCAGCUGGCUAUUCAAAAUAGUAAGCUCAUAAGCAGGCAGCUUAGAUCUUUAUAUAUGGUUGCAACUUCAUGAUUAACAUUGGGAAAGCAUCAGAGGAAAUGGAUUUUACUUCUUAUUAAAAAAAAGAAAAGGAAAUGGGUUUUACUCUGAUUGUUUGAUAAAUGGUUUUUUUAAAAUCCUGAUAAGACUGCUUUCCGUGGAUCGUAAACGGAUAGUCAGAUAUUGAUAUUUCUUCUGCUUCAUUAUAUUUGUUGAAAAAAUUGUAUGAUAUACCCAAGUCCAUAUGAGGUCCUUCUUCUGUCAAGUUCUCCAAUGGAAUUGUAUUAGUGAAUAUUUAGGCGUCUAGAGCCAUAAAAUUUGGGCGCCUUUCAGUGGGAAGUUUCUGCCUGGGUUUGUCCUUAGAGGAAAUGCCAAAUUUAUGAAGCUGUGACUUAAAAGUUGAACGACUAAUUCGGGAGAUUAAUAGUUUAGCAAGUGAACAGAAAAUCAAGGAAAUUUCUUCGUCUGAGUUGACAGAAGUAGUUAGAACUGAUUGGGAUUUCCCCCAUUUCAAAAUUGGUAAGUUUAGACGUUUUUGUUAUGUCCGUGCAAGUGAAUUUACUGAAAAUGAUAACUAUAGUUGGUUUUUGA